AUGCAGGGCCAUGAGGCAUCGGGCCCCGGUGCGCUCGCAGGCCUGCCGUCUACGCUGAGAACGGUGAUAGGCAGCCCGACGACGUCACCGCUCGGGUUCCUUUCUUCGACCGUUCCAUCUACACAGACCCCGUCGUCCCUGUCGCGACAACAAAUCGAAGCGAAUCUGCAAUAUGUGCUCAAAUCGCUCUCGUCGGAAAUCGCCAGUGGGCGCGUGGUUGCAUCGGGUGGCAACUCGUCCGGCUCAACCGGUUCAACCACCAAAGGCGUCCUCAUUGGGCUAUUUUCGGCCUUUGGCUCAGCUGCGAUCGCCUUGACGAUUCUGGCGAUCUUUUUUUUCUUUAAAUAUACCAAUCGGGGCCGGAUUAUGCUCGACCGGAUGGGCCGCCCGGGUGAGUAUGAUGAUGAACAAGCAUUUGCGCGGGAGGAAGAAACAGCCCUGGAGGGCAUGGAUGACCUAUCACGGUCGGAAUAUCUACGAGCGAAAGCUUUCGUUCAAGCCAACCCACCCGAAUCGAUGCAGACCGACAUUUCCCUGUCACAAUUCUUGGCCAUUCAAGAAAAAGGUGUCUCAGCAUGGGAAUUCCAGGCUGAGCUGGAGAUUGCCAACUGUUUUGUGGAAGGUCGCACAGAGAUCGAGUUCUUUGACUCAGAGUGCAGUGUGCAGACCAACCUGCCUGUCCCUAAGCAGAAUGAGGUUUACUACUGGGAAGCCAAAAUCUACGACAAACCAGAGUCGACAAUGAUUGGUGUCGGCUUCACCACCAAGCCUUAUCCUCUGUUCCGAAUGCCUGGCUUCCAUAAAACCUCUGUUGCCUACCAAUCCACCGGCCAUCGUCGACACAAUCAGCCUUUCGCACCAUCUCCAUACGGCCCUCCGCUCCUCCAAGGCGACGUAAUCGGUGUUGGUUACCGUCCCAGGUCUGGCACGAUAUUCUUUACCCGAAAUGGCAAGAAAUUAGAGGACGUUGCCCACAACUAUCGCAACCAGAACCUGUUCCCAACCGUUGGGGCGAAUGGCCCCUGCAGCGUGCAUGUUAAUUUUGGCCAAAUGGGGUUCGUAUUCAUCGAAGCUAAUGUCAAGAAAUGGGGCUUGGCCCCCAUGACUGGCAGCCUCGCGCCGCCUCCACCUUAUGGUAGCGAACACGGUAGCAUCUUGCUUGAGUCCGGGCGAGAGAGCGCUGCCACAAUCUCUCAGCGCGUUUACCAAGCCCAUACGGCAAGACGUUCCAGCAUCGGAUUUCCCCAGGCGGUCAGUCCUGGCCCGAUCCGCUCUCCGACUGAUAUUUCUCUUGCCCAGCUGACCCACAUCCCUUCCAAUGAAGAUGCUGGCGAGGGAUCCAGUCGGAUUGCUGAUGGCGAAGACAGUGUCACUGUCGACCAUCCAUUGCCUGGAGUUCCUGAUGAAGACGGAAUUCUUCCUCCUGAAUACUCGAGUCCUGGCAGCAGCCGCAGAGGUAGCGACGCCUCCCUGGAAUUCCCACCUCAAGGCCCCGAUGCAUUGAAUCCUCAGGUGAAUGCCGAGCAUGAAUAUCAAAACUUACCGAGCUACCAAGCCGCAAUAGAUCGGGACCCCAGCAAUGAACACGAGUAA